AUGGAGAAACUCAUCAAGACUCAAGAAAUGGCAAGACAAGAUCAAGCCCUUACACUCAAAAACCAAGAUGCAUCUAUGAGAAAUCUUGAGAGGCAGAUAGGACAAAUGGCUAAACAAAUCACAGAGAUAGGAAAAGCCUUAAAGUGGGAAGAGUGUAAAGCAAUCACUCUGAGAAAUGAAAAGAAAGUGGAGACAGAUGCCAUCAUUCAGGAAGAGCAUGACCAAGAAGACUUAAAAGAAGAGGCAAAGGAGCAAAAGCAAGAGCAAGAAACCUCCACACAGAGUGAGAAGUUAGCUAAGAAUGAGGCAUUGAAAAUAUACCAACCAAUGCUCCCAUACCCUCAAAGGCUCAAGAGAGAGAACAAAGAAAAGCAAUUCUCCAAAUUCUUGGAGGUAUUCAAGACACUGCACAUCAACAUCCCUUUCAUUGAAGCACUUGAACAGAUGCCACUAUAUGCUAAGUUCAUGAAGAAAUUGUUGACAAAAAAAAGAUCCUUGAAAGAAGGACAAAUGGUUGUGAUGACCAGGGAGUGUAGUGCUAUCAUCCAAAAAGAAUUGCCAAGGAAGAGGAAGGACCCAGGGAGCUUUUAUAUCCCCUACAUCAUAGGCAAAAUGAUGAUUGAGAGAGAAUUUUGUGACCAUGGUGGAAGCAUAAAUCUGAUGCCUCUAUCUUUGAUGAGGAAGCUUCAGAUUCAUGAAUUGAAACCCACAAAAAUAGCCCUUCAAAUGGCGGACAAAUCCAUUCAGCAAGCACUUGGGGUUGUGGAGAAUGUAUUGGUAAAGGUGGACAAAUUUUUCUCCCAGCUGACUUCGUCAUCCUAG